GUGAGGGUUUCUAUGUUGUUCUAGAAGCGGACAGGUCAUCGUCCGCAGUUGCUCCCCCAGGAAUAAGGACCGGGAAACCCUCUCUCUCUCUGCCCUCGGGUCGCCUUUGGUACCUCCCGAUCCCACCUUCACCGAAGGCAUUAGCGAGAUAUACGCAAUGGUGGGUUCUUCUUCGUCUUCCGAGCAUGGUUUCCCCGAAAGGAUGGCCGUCGGACCCAUUAAUGAUCGCGCCUACGAUGUCUCUACACCCCAUGAUUCGUCUCGCUCACUACCGUCGACUUCUUCCUCGGCGUUGCCGACUUCGGACCCUCGUCCACGUCCCGCCACCGACUACAAGAUGGGCUUCCGGGAGCGGGCUCUCUCCGCCGCUGGUGCCGCCGUCAUCUCUGCCGUCCUCGUCAAUCCCCUCGACGUUGCCAAGACAAGGUUGCAAGCUCAGGCGGCUGGAGUUCCAUAUCAUCACUUCGGUAGACAGAUGGCAUCGCUAGGACCAAACAUGAUGUUUUUGGAUUUCAGAUGUUCACCCUCAUGUGCUCGUGCUGGAAUAAUUCGUGCUGAAUUAGUUUGCCCUCCUGAUUGUUUUGAGUACAAGGGAACGCUAGAUGUCUUUCACAAAGUUGUGAGACAGGAAGGCUUUGCAAGACUCUGGAGAGGCACAAAUGCAGGUUUAGCAUUGGCUGUACCAACUGUGGGAAUUUACCUACCAUGCUAUGACAUAUUCCGCAAUUGGAUUGAGGAGUUCACAUCCACCAAUGCUCCAAAUCUGACGCCUUAUGCCCCUCUAGUUGCUGGUUCAGCUGCACGGUCAUUAGCAUGCAUAGCAUGUUCUCCGAUUGAGCUGGCAAGAACACGUAUGCAGGCGUAUAAAGAAUUUAUCAAAGGAGCUAAGCCCCCAGGAAUGUGGAAAACAUUAGUUGGUGUUCUGACAUCUGGCAGUACUACAAGUAACCAGAGCUUGCAAGGCUAUCGUGUUUUAUGGACAGGUUUGGGAGCACAACUUGCUCGUGAUGUUCCCUUUUCUGCUAUAUGCUGGUCAACUCUGGAGCCGAUCCGGAGGAGAUUACUUUCAAUUAUUGACGAGGAUGGCAAUUCUGCUAGUGUGUUAGGGGCAAAUUUCGCAGCUGGUUUUGUAGCAGGCAGCCUUGCUGCUGCUGCAACAUGUCCACUUGAUGUCGCAAAAACACGAAGACAAAUAGAGAAGGAUCCAGCAAGGGCAUUAAACAUGACUACAAGGCAGACUCUGAUGGAGAUUUGGAGGAGCGGGGGCGUAAAGGGUCUCUUCACAGGUGUAGGUCCACGAGUUGGACGAGCAGGGCCUUCCGUCGGCAUUGUUGUUUCCUUCUAUGAGGUCGUCAAGUAUGCUUUACAUCGACAGCACCAUGCAGAUUCAUGAAGAUGCUGCUGCGUCGUUAGAUAGACAUUAACAGAUGCUCUGCUGUUCUCGUUAGAUAGAGACAUUAACAACUGACGAAGGUAUGAUCUGGUCAGUCUGCCGGUCUAUUCAUAGCAUCCCCAAGGGUGUUCUGGAUGGAAAGAGGUAUUUUGGAGAUUACAAACUAGGGUCUAGCCUUUUAAUUUCAGCGACGAAACAAACUUAUUAGACUUGAAAAUUUUGGUUACCAAUAAUAUUAUACAUGCUGAUUUUUGGUUGCUUAUC